AAUUAGGAAUUACAAUUAUCAAUUAUUACUCCCUUAAUACAAUUCCGAAUACUCAUUGACAUUGUCACAUUACUACUUGUAUAUAAUCCGCCGUUGCUCCCAAUUUAUUUACCACGACAAUCUUUAUUUUCUCUCUCCUCAAAACUCUCCUUACAGUAUAAAUAAAUACACCUCUCUCUCUCCUCUUUAAGACUCCAUCGUCUUCUUCUUCUCACUUCUCAAAUUCAAUCUUUUUCUCUCUCCCCCCAAAAAAAAAUAGAAAAAAUAAAAUUGCAUUAUUACAGAAGAACAAGAUCAGGUUGAUUAAGAAAAGAUUAACAAUGGCGGACAAUCACCACCAGCCAAGGUGGAACGCCGUCGUUUUACUAUUUCUAUUCUCUUUCCUCAUCAUACUCUGCUUCUUCUCUCCCUUAUGUCUCGGUAUAAGAUCUCUCUCAAGAUUCGGAGGGGCAAGAUUGGAAUUUCAAUUCUCCGAAGCACCAGACUACCGUAAUGGUAUAAGUUGUUCUUCUACUUCCUCCCCUUUUACUCACUGCGACCCCUCAUUGGUCCACGUGUCCAUGACUCUUGAUUACGAGUACUUACGUGGAUCAAUCGCAGCCGUCCAUUCUGUCCUCAAACAUUCCUCUUGUCCUGAAAACAUCUUCUUCCAUUUCAUCGCCGCCGAGUUCGACUCACUCUCACCUCGUGUACUGAGUCAACUCGUUCGCUCUACUUUCCCAUCCUUAAACUUCAAAGUCUACAUAUUCAGAGAAGACACAGUCAUCAAUUUAAUCUCAUCUUCAAUAAGACAAGCUUUAGAAAACCCGUUAAAUUACGCCCGGAAUUACUUGGGUGAUAUACUUGACCCGUGUGUUACUCGGGUUAUUUACCUUGACUCCGAUGUUGUCCUCGUUGACGACAUCUACAAACUAUGGAACACUUCUUUAAAACCCGACAAUGUAAUCGGAGCUCCGGAAUACUGUCACGCGAACUUCACAACGUAUUUUACGACGACAUUUUGGUCCGACCCGGAUUUAAAAACAAAGGCAUUCGGGUCGAAUAUAAGAAGACCGUGUUAUUUUAACACGGGUGUGAUGGUGAUGGAUUUACAAAAAUGGAGAGAAGGGAAUUACAGGAAGAAAAUAGAAGGAUGGAUGGAAAUACAGAAGAAAACAAGGAUAUAUGAAUUGGGUUCUUUACCACCAUUUUUGCUUGUUUUUGGUGGGAGAAUUGCAGGAAUUGAUCAUAGAUGGAAUCAACAUGGAUUAGGAGGAGAUAAUGUGAGAGGUUCAUGUAGAUCUUUACAUCCAGGACCAGUAAGUUUGUUGCAUUGGAGUGGAAAAGGAAAACCAUGGGUAAGAAUUGAUGGGAAGAAACCUUGUCCGUUGGAUCAUCUUUGGGAACCGUAUGAUUUGUUUAAAGGGAGGAGAGAGACUGAAUUAAUUCAACAACAACAACAACAGUUUUCUGGGUUUGGCGCUUCUUCAUUAAUUGGUUGGUUGUAGUUUUUUUUUCUUUUAUUAUAGAUUUGAUUUGAUUUGGAAUUCAUUGAUUCAAGAAAAUUAAAGAAAAUUGGGGGGUGGGGGGAUGAUUUUGUAUCUUUUGUUUAAAUUCUUUGGUAGAUGAUGAGGAUGUACAGUGGGGGAAGAUGAGGGUGCAUUAAAUUCGUACAUUUAAUUAAAGAUAAUUUCUGGGUUCCUUUUCUUGGGAGCCAAUUUUUGAUGGGUUUUGUUUAUUUUUUCUGUAUUUACUACUAUGAAACAGGAAUUAAUAAUAUUACAAAUAUUCCAUAA